GCCAAAAGUCAUGCGUGAAGUGGGUUGGGACACACCAACUUCAACACACUAAGGAAAGCCGGUGCAACGCUCGUCAAAUCUGCACGCUCCUCCGCUAAGACCUCCAAGUCUAGCUUCAUCGUCGAACAUCACCAGUUCCGGUUCCGCCUCCACUUUUGGUUUAAACCCAAUAUCUCUGUCAAGAGCGAAAGCAAUUUGAGCACAUUGAAUGGCGGUUCAGGAUGAGCAUGACCCGAUGCUCAUGGUGCUUCCUUCUCUCUCUCCACCCAACACCUACCAAGCCGUCGUUAUCGGUGGCACCUUUGACCGAUUGCAUGACGGCCACCGUCUCUUUCUCACUGCAGCGGCCGAGGUGGCAAAGGGCCGGAUUGUAAUUGGAGUUUGCGACGGUCCUAUGCUGGCAAAGAAACAGCGCCGGGGCCUAUGGAUUUUACAUACAAAGGAGUCUGUUCACGUUCUUCUUUUGCAGUUUGCUGAACUGAUACAGCCAGUUGAAGAAAGGAUAAAUAAUGUCAAAAAUUUCAUUAAGUCUAUCAAGCCAGAUUUAGAAGUGCAAGCUGUACCAAUCACAGACCCCUUCGGCCCUUCCAUUGUAGAUGAAAAUUUAGAGGUUGUGAUUGUGAGCAAAGAAACAUUACCGGGAGGAUUGGCAAUAAACAGAAAAAGAGCUGAAAAAGGCCUUUCACUGUUGAAGAUUGAAGUUGUGGAUUUGCUUUCUGGAGAAUCAGGUGAAAUUAAGCUGAGUUCAACGAUGCUACGGAAGAUUGAGGCUGAAAAGGCGAAACAACAAAACACGAUAUCACAGACGUAGUUAAAAAAAAUGCUUUAAUUUUUUUUUUCUUUUUAAAUAUUUCUUGAAAGAUUGAGUUUAUGAUGUCCAUUACAGCAACUGAUAUGUGGUUGCAUGUUAUGGCACUCUUUCUAAGUUUGAAAGGCGGAAGGUCACAUUCUUUCAGAAAAAAAAUAUUGUCUUGAUGUAUGUUUUUUCUUUAGCAGACAGCAACAAAAAAACACUGCUGUUUUGUUUAGAAAGAUAUGCUGUAUUUAUAUUUAUAUUUUCUCUAAUAAAAAUAAAUGUUUUAUUUUACUGCAA